AUGUCUACAGCUAUCUCCAGCUCAUUCAAACUCCAGACAAUCAGCAAAGUAACAGAGAAACCUCGACCUUAUCAAUGCCCUAUGUGUCCCAAAGCCUUUGUCAGAUUAGAGCAUCGGACUCGACAUAUCCGAACUCACACAGGCGAAAAACCUCAUAUUUGUUCCUAUCCCAACUGUGAGAAGAGAUUUUCUAGAUCUGACGAAUUAACACGCCAUGUUCGU